AGUGGCAAACGAUCAGAGCACCUGGAAGCUAAAUUUUGCGCUCGCUGUUGCCAUCCUUGCCUUUGCGUCACUCAACUGCUUUAAGUCGUCAUGGCCCCUCACGUCGAGACAGACUUCACGACGAUACAUGAAAUUCCCGAGAGGCCCGCAACACCGCCCCCACGCGACAGAGCUUUGGAGAUCCUGAAGUUGUGCACAGUACCCGACAUCUUCCGCACCGUAGGAUAUUACAUAAAUCCCGAAAUGGUUGCUAGAGUGAACGGUGUGGUCAUCUUCAACAUAGAAGGUGAGCCAGCGCCGUGGUUCGUGGAUCUCAAGAACGGCUCCGGAUGUUUCGGGCAGGGCGUUUGUCCACACCCACCGGAUUUGGAGUUGUUCAUGACUUCGGAAGUUUUCCUGCAGCUAUUCAAAGGCGAAAUCAACCCAAAACUCGCCUUUAUUUUCGGUUAUUUCCGUCUGAGCGGCAGCAUCUUCUGCGCGAUCCGUCUCGAGAGCCUCAUGUGGGCUGUGAGAGAGUACUACGGACUGAUUUAGGACUACCGAAGAUUUUACUCGUACCGCUUUAAUUUACCGCACGUCUGUGAUGGCAAUAACACUGUGAUACUACAAACGUCUCUUCAAUCGAAAAAAGCGAUCGAUGACUGUCUCUUGAUAGCGUCAGCCUCCCGUCCGCCCGUGCAACCGCCCCGCACCGCGAAAGCCUACUCCGGUUACGAAAUACUGACUUUGCAUCCCGGUCUAACACAGAGAAGCGCGCCCGAAAGAAUCGAGCGAUCACCGUGGACAUCACUGAAGCAGACAAACAUUGGAACUCUUGUGGGAAGCUCAAGGGAGCGUGAUGAUCGCAAACCAAGUCAAAGUUCGGGCAAGGUUUAGGCCCAUGAAUGCGACGAGCUCGAAACUGUCAGAGCAGAUUUAUUUAAAUGAAA